UGAGUGUGUAGUGUAGCGGUAGUAGUAGAAAGAAUUAUAAGAAGAAGCUCCCCAGUUUUAACGAAAACCUGUGGGUCUAAUUAAGGAUCUAAUUAUUUCUCUUAAUUGAACCCAAAGCAAAGCUAAGCAAAGUUGGGAAACACUCGAAAAAACCAUGGGCAGUUUUAUGCAGAUCUUUCUCAUCAACUCAAACCCACCAAACCAAAACCAGCUGCUCUGCUACCUGUAUAUACAAUUUUCAUAUUCAUUUUUCUUAAAUGGGUUUCUCUCUCAUCUCUCUGCCGUCCAAUCUAAAUACCACCGCUUACUCUUUAUCUCUCUCCCUCUUUGUUAUUUUUCAUACAAGAAAGAAAGAAACAAAGAACUAGUCUGUGUUGAUAAUCUCUCUGAGACUCUGACUAACUGAGUUGUUGGUCCUUAUCCACUGUUUUCAAGUACUGGCUAAUGGUUUAGGAGGUGGGUUGUUUUCUACCAUGGGUGCUGGGAUGCUUGGGCUAGAAAUACCUCUCCAACAACAACAGCAAAACCCUUCAAAUACUCAAAAUCCUCACCUUUUGUCCCAUUCUCAAAUGGUGGCUUAUGGCCAUCAUGACUCUGAUCACCACCCUCAAGCUCAACCCUCUGUUAAACACGCUUACCCUUAUGCUCCAAAAUCCAAACAAGUACCACCAACCCUUAGUGAUGAAGAUGAUCUUGGUUUCGGUGCUGAUGACAAUAGUGGGGAUGGGAAGAGGAAGAUGUCACCGUGGCAAAGAAUGAAAUGGACUGAUACCAUGGUUAGGCUUCUUAUAAUGGCGGUUUAUUACAUUGGUGAUGAAAAUAGUUCAGAAGCAAUUGAUCCCACAAACAAGAAAAAGCCUACCGGAGGAUUGUUACAGAAGAAAGGGAAAUGGAAAACGGUUUCUCGGGCUAUGAUGGAGAAAGGGUUCUAUGUCUCUCCCCAGCAAUGUGAGGACAAAUUUAAUGACUUGAAUAAAAGAUAUAAGAGGGUAAACGAUAUACUUGGGAAAGGUACAGCUUGCAAGGUUGUGGAGAAUCAGAGCUUGUUGGAUACCAUGGAUUUGGCACCAAAGAUAAAAGAAGAAGUUCGAAAGUUGCUCAAUUCCAAGCACCUGUUUUUCAGAGAAAUGUGUGCUUACCACAAUAGUUGUAGCCAUGCUGGUGCUACUACUACUAAUGGUGUAGCUAGUGGAGCCAACCAUUCAUCAGAGCUGGCUACCUCAGAGCCCUCAUCUAAUGUACAGCCUAAUCAACAGAACCAACAGCAGCAACAACAACAACAACGUUGCUUUCAUGCGACAGACAACUCCCAUGUGGUUUCUAAUUUGAGCAGGCCAGGAACUGAGCAUGGAUCAAAAGUAGUAAAAGCCUCAGGAAGUGGUGGUGAAGACGAAGAGGAUGAUGAUGAAGAUGAUGAUGAUUCUGAUGACUACGAUGAUGAUGAAGAUGAUGAUGAAGCUGAAGGUGGUUCUCGUGGUCCAAUUGGGCAUGGUCACGAAGAUAUUGAUGAUGUUAGCCAUGUAAGACUGCGGAAAAGGCCAAGAAAGGGAGUGUUAUCAGAAUCUUCCCAGCUGAUUCAACAACUGAGCUGUGAGAUUCUUGGGGUGAUUCAAGAUGGGUCGAAGAGUUCUUGGGAAAAGAAGCAGUGGUUGAAGAGUAGGAUGAUACAGUUGGAGGAACAACAAGUGAACUUCCAAUGCGAAGCUUUUGAGUUAGAGAAACAAAGGCUUAAGUGGGUGAAGUUUAGUAGCAAGAAGGAGAGGGAAAUGGAGAAAGCUAAGUUUGAAAAUGAGAAGAGAAGACUUGAGAAUGAGAGAAUGGUUCUACUCAUUCGACAGAAAGAGCUUGAGGUGCUUGAGCUUUAUCAUCGUUCUCAGCAUCAACAACAACAACACUCUUCAAACAAAAGAAGUGGUGGUGGUGGUGGUGGUGAUCCUUCUUCAAUUACAGGAUAAUUUAAUAAACUUGUAUGGUUGUAUUAUAUAUCAGAAUAGGUAGUUUAGUUUUAGAGAGAUCACUGAUUUAGAAUCAUAGAUUUAAGGAAUGUAACAACCUUUUUUGUUUGGCUUUCUAUUUUAUUUAAUGUAAUCGGGUGCUCUUUUUCGUAUGUAAUAUAUGUCCUUUAUAUAAAAUUUAAUUAAAAUCUUUCUGGCUAA